AUGAGGUUUCGAGACUUUUUGGCCAAUGUUGGAGAUCUUGCUGAUCGUGCCCGCUUGUUGCCAGACUCCAGUAUUCCCGGAGAUCGCGACACAAUUCGCCACGAUCUUGACCGACUAUUGGCAUUUCUCAACGGCCAUUGUGCAUCUUUGCCUUUGUGUGCCAAGAGCAUCAAACUGCGGGCUUUGCUUGCUGCAGCCUUCAGUGAGCAAUUCCUGAUUGGACGCCGCUUUAUUGAUCAGCUCCGCGCACCGAAAAGACCAUCUGGAAGGGCAGCCUCCGUUCUAUCCGGCCCACGAACAGCUGAAGAAGAAGAAGAAGAGGCGCAGGCAUUUGGCCACCCAUCCGAUGAAACUGAGCGUGAUGAUGCUGAAGAUGGCUUUGACUUGGAGGAAGAGUUGGCUGCAAUUGACAAGAUCGAUGAGGAGGAAUUGGGCCUAGAUGAUGACGAGGAGGCGCCUGAGGAUCUCGAAGACGAUGAAGUCCCGACAGGCCUCGUAGCUGGAGUAGCGUUGCUGUUCGCAAGUGCUCGUGAUGAGAUGAUUUCAGCAGUCAACUCCUUGCCACUUAAAGGGCGGAUGGUCCACAAGCGAGUCGUGGUGGCCAAGCUGCGAAAGUCCGCCCAGGUGGCUCCGCGAAAUGUUGUGUUGGGGUUGCCAGAUGUCAUGAAGAAGCUCGCUGGCUUGACCUGCCCGGGCCUGCGAUUGCCAAGCCUCCUACACUGGAUGGUGCCACGCCUUCCGCAAGCAUCUCUCACUCGUCAUGUGCCAAGCUUGAAAGGUGCUCGUGUGAAACGUGACAAAAGCAACGGGAACAGCGCAGAGAACAAGAACAAGUGCGAGACUGCUCGGCCCAGCUCCCCGUACCAACUCAGUUUCUUCCUUCCAGAGCGGAGCACAUCAUCUGAAGAGGAACGACAACAGCAAAUCCGCGGGGUACUGGAAGCCCGAAAUCCCGUUGGCUUCCCAUGUCAUGUCAAUGCGGGCGACGACUUUUUUCUGUUGAAAUCCUUUUUGCAAUCACAGCGCUUUGUGUCCAGCUUAGAAUUAUCCGAACAUCAAUGCGCAGGUGAAGGCGGAGGGGUGCUGGCUUCAAACGCCUUGGAGGCUUUGCAAGCAGUGCGAGAAAGCAUUAGAGCAUCUUUACUUGAGCCAGCUAAAGAUGCAGCGGGCCAGAUGAGAAAGCUUCCAGGGACGAGGUCUAACGGCAAUCCUGAGGAGGCCUUGGACAAGCUGCUGGAGGUUGUUUCAGAGGUGUCAGAGAGGCUAAACUUCAGCAUCGACCACGGGAUGAAAUUUCAGGAAUCCGUUGCCAGAGGCAAGAAGCGCAGAACUAGAAUGAAGGAGGCAGCUCGAGCCGAAGUCCUGCUGACUGGAGAGGAGACCCGUUUGGUGGACUUCCUGCGGCCAUUGGCUUCGUGCUGA